GACAGGGAAAGUUAAGUUUGGCCCCUGAACAACGACGAGUCUCGUGUACGUGGUGCCGUCGAUUCUAGCUACGUCGCCAUUGCACCGCGUAAGAUGAGCGAACAGGUAGUCGAGGCGGCAGGAUUUUUCGACGAUAAAACCGCAUUCGAACAACCGGCCGAUUCAUCGUCAAACGUCGGACUACCAUAACAACGCUAGGUAUUCCACCAUCCCGAUCGCCCGUCCGCCCGCUCGCUCGAAGAAAAGAGAGAACCAAAAACGAAGGAAAAAGAACACCGUUGCUUUACCGCACUGCAAGAACGGCCGCGGAGCACGGAGAAAGAGAACCGUUCGGGGUACCGGUUUCCAUGCAACUCGACAACAAAGUACGACACGUUGCAGUUGUCUGCACCCGCUACGCGAACCCCCAUUACAAUACGACUCCUGAUGCUACGAUGAACCCAACCCACCGUACGCUCCUAACGAUAUACCUAUACCGUACGGGUACUUUCAACUGGUACACGGCUCGGGUGGGGUCAACCUGCGGUCAUCCGUGUCUCACGCAAUCCAGAUCGAAACUGGGUGAUCAACGGGUUACGGAGUCGUAGGGUGACCUGUUUCGGGGUGACGGUGUCUGUGACGUGAAUUUUUUGUUUUUUUUUCGAAUGGAAAAUGCGCUGAAUUUUUCGAUGGCUUCCAAAAAUAAUUACUGGAAAAUCGAAUCACUGAGGUUUCUUGUCUUUCCAAUGUCGUUUGGAUUGAGAGAAUCCGAAGAUAGAAUCGGUUCUCGCUCCGGAAGAUUCACCUCAAUCAAGAUGCGCGACAUAUCGUCAGCUGCGAAGUACGGAGAAAUCAAAUAUGAGAGAACGUCGUCACGGUUGUAGGUGACCCUGGUAUUAAGCUUCAUUUUUAUUUACACAUGUACUGCGCUUUAACCGCAGUCGUAGGUCGUCUCGCGGAACAAAGAGGCUCGGGCAACGUCCUGCAGUCCGUUGCUUCGUGAACGCAUGGUAGGUAUAACGUGAAGUAAAAUUUCAACGCUGCAAUAUCAUUGUUAUACCUAUAACUGUAUUAAUAUAAGAUGAGUAAGGGGGAAUCCAAGGCCAAGUGCAAAUCACUCAACCGCUACACGACAUCUGCAAGUUGUAGCGAUUCGUAAUGCCGAGUAACCCGCGUGUUAUACGUAGCCACGAUAUAUUCCAAGAUCGUACGAACAUCGACAACAAACGCAAAGGUCAAAGAUAACGGGAGUCGAUCGUUGAAGAUCGACAUCUCACCGUAUCACUGAUCGUUAUCGGUACCCUCAGUUGUUAUUAUGUUUUUUUUUUCGUACCCCUCAGCUAGUUAUUGAUCAAAGUGUGUUUCCCUCGAGGUUUCCCUUCAUACGAUUCGGGCCCUCAUGGUGGUUUCGGAAUUGUUACGGGAAUCUUCGCCAUGGUAACGGGGGCAGGUGCAAAAUAUGUAUUCGAAUUAGGUACGGUGCCCUGCGAAGACGGAUAGGUGUACGAUGAUGUAAGGUUCGUGGAAAAAAAACUUUGACACGAUUUCUUAUUCCUAUUGAACAUGUCUUGUUGUCUCAAAUUCCAUCUCUCCCGAACUUAAAAGGGAAGAUCAUAAGCGUUGUAUCUGAUCUAUUUUAAGCUGCACAGGAAUCUCGAUCUCCGAAUUGACUCUAGAUACUGGAAACGAUCGAGUUACGAUUCGUCUUGCGAUUUUGCUAAUUACCGCAAUUAUUUAUUGUUAAUUACGGGUAGUGGCGACAUCGGUGCUGGUUUCACGUACUAUGUGUAUACAGCGAGUAGCGUGGGGCGGAGAUCGAAUCUCAAAUCAACGCCGCCUUAAUUAAUUUGUCGAAAAAAAGGCAAAUCGCUUCAAUGAUUAUCGUACAAACAACGAAACUUGAAACAGCAAACGGCAGCAAUAGCCACGGCGUCAAUGUUAUUUUCCUCGCUCUUGCGCUCGGGCGAAGAUUCACAAAUGUCUUCCUCUUCAUCCUCAAAAAGUACGCGAAAAACGUACAGCUUUGAGGAGCGUGAAAUCCUUAUUUCGUUGAUCAACAAACACGGAGACGUAACGGACAAGAAAUCCGAUCCGAAUUCCAUGUGUAAACGAAAAUCAGCCUGGGCUAAACUCGCCGAAGAAUACAACAGCAUCGUAGGACCGGACGCUACGCGUACCGCCGUUCAGCUGAGACGUUGCUGGGAAAACAUGAAAGCUUGCAAAAAAAAUCGUGAGGAUAAACGCAGCGGGUAAUUAUCCAGAUUAAUCCCAGUAAACCUUCCCCACCAUCUCCCUUACUCUCCCUUCGCUCCCCUCAGAUCGACUUCGAAGAACGUCAGCCAGAUAACGAACGAUCGUCUUCGUAUGUCUCUGGGAAGCUGGCAGGACGGAAGUCCGGGUCAAAGAUCGUUGGAUAAUUCAGGGACCGCUAGCACCGUCGGUUUACCUCCGAACGUAGUUUUCGAGCCGAAGGCAUCCGAGCCGUUCACCCUUCAGAGCGUCUCUGCUUCGAAGGCGGCCAAAUUGACCCUGAAAAAUUCCGUCCAAAGGGAUUACGAAUGCAAGGAAUUGAUGGCCGGCCUCCCGUCGAAGCAGAAUAUCGCCCUCGUGACAGAUUUUUCCACAAAAAUGGAGCCGCAGCCCCCCAUCGGACCGAUGGGCGAUUGCCCUGAAAAAUUUUUGUCCGAUCCGGAGUCCUGCACCGAGGACAACCAGUCGGAAUGCUGUAGGGAUCAGGAGGGCGUCGAAGAGCAGGGAGUUCCCCUGAAACCUAACGCCAGUCAGGCAAUGCAAACGUCGCCGAUAAUAUUUCAGAACCGUCACCGCCGAACGAAUUCUUACGCGCAGACCAGAGACGAGGAACUUCAUCUUUUGACGCUAUCCGAAGCACGGAUAAAAGUCGACGUCGCCGCCUUGCAGAAAGAGGAGGCCAGGGUGAGGUUGGAAGAGGUGCGAUACAGGAAAGAGGAAGCCAAGUUAAGGAUGUUGGUUCUUACUUACAAAUUAGAACGAAUUAAGGAGGAUUAAAAUCGUCCCGGGUCGUCGAUAAUUUUCACGCGAUUCGCGAUCCUUUUUUUCGAUUACAGUUUCAGUUUCAGUUCAUUGCGUAAUAAUUCUUCCAGUUUUCAUUAUUUUACGUCUAGUAUUAUAUAAGAUAAAAAAGGGAGAGAGAAAAAAAAAAAAAGAUAAUCCGGGCAGCUACUUGAUGUUGCUGAUUAUUUGAUUUAUUUCUUGUAAAUGGAUAAUAAUAAUCGUUACACAGUUAUAAUAAAUAUUAAAAAAGAAGAAAUACCGGUAUAUCUCAUGUACUGCAGUUAAAUAUUGUGUACGGGCUAAGCUUAUAACUUUAAUGUUAGUAUUACAUUUUAUAUAUUUAUAAUUAUAUGAAUUUAUCUUCAAUACCAAAUAGGCACUCAUAAUAGCGGCCCAGAUAAUUGAUUUUACCGACGAUAAUAUUUCGAAUAAAUUUCGUAUAAAAUUGAUAUACACGUGUAGAGACAGAUGAUUCACAGUGCGCUUUAUCGAGCCUCGCGAUAUCGUCCGAUGAAUCGCAGUUUAUUAAUAACAUCUAAAAAAUUAUAUGACGGACGUUGAUUAUUAUCAUGAUCAUUAUUAUCAUCCA